AUGGCAGGGGAGGCGCGCCUGGAGGCGCUAUGGCGGCGAGUGCAGGGGACAGGGCAGUGCGGGAAGAUGCUGGAACACAAGAGAAAGCAGCUAGAUGCAGUUUGUGCUGAGCUUGUGCUGGGUAUCAGAGAACUGGAGGGCCAUAGCGGCAGGACUGUCGAGGAGAGCAACGAUUUGGUGUUCGCUUCCUCGAUGCUCGAGAUCCUGGAAGAAAGAAACUUCAAGUGGAAACGAGGAGGAGGAGGGAGGGAUAGGCCGGGAGUCGUGAGAGACGAGGAGUGGAGAUGCGCUGCUCUUGAAUUUCUCGUGGGCGAAUAUCAGUGCUUGAUCCUUCUGGAGGGGAACAGGGAGAGGAGCAGGGGAGUGGUUGAGUCAGAUGAGAAGAAGGAACACGAGGGGAUAGAGAAGGGACUGAAGAAGCUCAGACGUCUCCUGAUCAAGUUCAACCAACCGAACGGAUCAAAGGCAUCCACAUUGUUGAAAAGCGUCCGGGCCGCAGCUUUGAAGGCGAUCGCCAAGACAGAGAAAGGUGGAGGAGAAGCGCAUCUGACGCCCUCCAUCUUCGAGGUCGAUGAGAAGCUCGUGCAAGACCAUCUCCAUACACUUGAGGAGAUCUCUCAAGAGCUACACGGAGAGUGCAAACUAAGAAGAGAGAUGCUGUUGACGAGGAUGAAGGCGACAGCUCACUGCUUUCAGCUGUCACAGGCUAAGAUGGACGCCAAGGUGAUGUCCAGACUGAGUGAGAUCGAAAACUUCGAGCUAGACAGCAAGUACUACAAACCCGAGGAGCUCGUUAAGAUCGACGUAGCUGAUGUUGUCCGUGCAUUUCAUGCCGUCAGCGGAUCUUCUCAGAGUGCUGUCAAGAGACAUCUCAUCGGAAGAGUUCCAGAUCGCGGGGGUCGAGCCGAUGAAGUCAGGAAUCAUGUUGUGGAGCGCGAAGUGCAAAGAGCAAACGACAUGAUGAGAGGAGGGGCGAGCAGGGCAGGCAAGACUGACAGGAUGUGGAGGACCCAGGAUAGGCCAAGGGACUGGCAGGAAGAGAUUAAGAUCAAGUUGCUGGCUGGUGUUGACGUGAAUGCUUCAGGUGCAGAAGAAGGGAAGAUUCGAGCAAGUCAACGUGGGACUUCAACAAGGGAGAUCUGUGGAGAAGUCAGCGCUGAAGCUGAAGAGGGGAGAGAGAGAAGGGCCUGA